AUUUCUAUCGUUACUUGUUGCAGUUAGACUAUUGUACUACCAACUGUUUAAUAUGCUAGAAAUUUGAAUAAAUAGAUCGUAAUAGUUUUACGCAAUUGCGUGAUUGACGUCCUACUGUUAUUAUAAAUAUAGGGCUAUGUUUACUUUUGAAUUUUUAAGUGGUUGAUGCGGUGUAGCUAAAGGGUGCAGUUUAUUACGACGUCCGAUUUAGGUCUUGUGUGUUUGUGAUAGCACUUUUAUUCUAGAAAAUAAACGUGUAUAAUUAGCGACCAUAUAUAUGCCUGUACUGUCAAUAUAAGGAGGUUUUUACGUUAUUAGUACGCAUAAGAAAGCUGUGGCAAAGAAUUAGAAAACUGUAUUCUCACGACUCCUAUUAAUCGUUGUUGAUUGUUUAAAAAGUAUUUUGGAUAUUAGAUUCUAAAGGUGUCCCGUCUUCCCCUACCCUACUAUAUACCGCAACGAUAAAAUAUACAAUAUAACCGAUUGAUAUUCAUGAAUAGAUAUACCUGUGGCUGUCGGGUAAGAUGGGAUAUUGGUAGCACCCAAAUACCAUAUUUCAAAGUUGUGGUUUUAACCGUUUUUUGAGUCGCGGGGUUACGGGUAUAUAAUUCUGCAAAUAUUCUUUGUUUACUACAAAAAAAGCAAAAUGAAAACACGGAAUGUCUUACCCCACACUAAUAUACCAUGUAUUAGUCCAUGCAGCACUGAAAAUUUAGAGACUAAAUUUAAAAUGUUGCAAGUGUACAUAUGUUUGCUAUGCAUACCACUAGCGUAUGGCUAUAAUGUUGAAUCCAGAGAGAUAUAUUCACUUCUGACCGAACCUUCGACACCAGCAAGAGCCAAGCGAGACGUUGAAACUUCUUCAGCAUAUUUCGGAUACAGCUUAGCAUUAACUCAAUCUGGAUCUCCAAGAAUACUCAUCGGUGCACCUAGUUUAAAAUCCACUGCCGCACUUAACAAUACCAACGGGCCAGCCGGAGGAAUGUAUUUGUGUCCAACGACUCCACAAGCAAACUGUACGAACGUGACACCCACAACCCCACCCCUGCAGGGCAACGAUGCGUUUGGAUUAGAUGUGAAUGCUGACCCGACAGGAAAUGUUAUUGGUUGCUCACCUCUGCGACCAACAGUUUGUGAAUCUUCUGUGCACAAGCUUGGCUACUGUUAUAGUGGCACAAACUAUGGACAAAGUUGGAGUGACAAAUCUUUUCUUGGCGGAGACGUUUGUCCGCCGACACAUGUGGACGUUCUCUUUGUUUUGGAUAGUUCUGGAUCAAUUAUGGCAAGAGACUUCGCAUUACUGCAAGAAUGGACAAUAAAUAUCACUCGUUCAUUGGAUAUUGGACCUAACGGAACAGUAUCCGUAGGACUUAUGCAAUUCGCAGAUCCGCAGAGAAUCAGUCUCGAGUUUGAAAUCGGAACUUUCAACACAAAGGACGAAAUAGUGGCGGCAAUUCAUAACAACACACACCUGAAAGGCAAAACGUUUACUGCGGAUGCGCUCAACCAAUCUGUUCCAGUUUUUAAGAAGUCCCCCCGCUUCAAUGAUACAUUAACAAAGAAAGUCUUGAUUUUCUUCACUGACGGAAUAGCCACAGACGCGGCCGACGUUCCAUAUAGUGCGCAAUUCGUGAGAGAUGCAGGUAUUAUACCAAUAGCUGUCGGCGUUACGCAAUCUAUUCUUCCAAGUCGAGUCCCUAGAGCUAUACGGCAACUACAGACAAUUGCGACUGGUGAAGUUGGAAACACCGAACGUUCAUAUGUUAUUGGAAAGACAGCCGACCUUGGAACAAUUGUAGAUGAAAUAUUUCAAACUAUAUCUGGGAUUGUUCUUGAAGGUAAUAAUCAACAAGAAAGUUAUAUUAGUGGUAUAGCUCGCAAUCCGACGCUAUAAGAUGUGCGAAACAGACCACUCGUCUUAUAACAACUGUCGUUUUCCGACCACACCAAAAUAGAUAA